ACGAAAUUAUGAGCUCUAAAGCAAUUUGUAAUCGAAUGCUCUUUCAAUUAAUGAAACAGCCUAAUGAUUCUUGGAAUAAUUUUAAGAAUCGAUAUGAUGUAACACCAGAAUAUGUAUUGCGUAGAAUUGCCAAACAUCGCACUCAAGAAAUUAAGGAUCUGAAUGUAAUAAUUAUUCUGGAUGGUUUACAAUUCACAACAAAAGAGAAUUUAUCUACCAUUACAUCAUUACAACCCCCAAAAAUUAAUAACAUCCCAGUUUUUAAUGAUAGUUCAAUAAUGAAUAUGUUUAUAGAUGACAUGGUAGGUCAUGGACGGUCUUUAGAGGCUUUGGGAGAAGCAGUUGUAGAUAAAGAUAUGACAAA